UUUUUUUUUCUACUCACCAGAAAACCUUCUCACACCAUGCUUCGUUCAUGCCGGCUAUCUGGCAAAUUUACUAACCCAAUUAGCAGUCUCCUAGGACGUAACUAUGCUAGUGUUGCUCCUUCACCUGUAGUUGUCACAAAGUCUAAAGCUGGAGUUACGGUCGUUUCAAUUGAAGAUAAUGCUCCCGCUUCUUCUGUUGCCGUUGUAGUAAAGGCUGGUUCCCGGGUAGAAUCUAUUGAUAAUGUUGGUGUGGCUCAUUUCUUGAAGAAUUUUGCUUUUAGGAGCACUGAAAGCAAAACUGCAUUUCGGAUAACACGUGAAGCGGAACAUCUCGGAGGAAUCUUAUCUGCGAAUUUGACAAGAGAAAGUUUGAUUUUUUCUGGUGAAUUUUUGCACACAGAUCUUCCACAUUUCUUGGAAGUGUUAUCUGACGUUGUUUUUAAAACGAAAUACGAACCGUACGAAUUCAAGGAUGUAAAAAAGAGUGUUAAUUUUGAAAGAGAAGCAGCUGAGGCUAUUCCUGAAGUUAUAACUUUAGACGCGGCUCAUGCAGUCGCAUUCCGGCAUGGUUUAGGCAAUUCUUUAUUUGCAAAUGCUACAACAAAGGUCACAAGUAGUGAACAAGUUAAAGCGUUUUCUAAUAAGGUCUAUACUGCGCCAAACAUCACCAUUGUUGGUACAUCUGUUAACCAUAAAGAGUUGGUGUCACUGACAGAUAAAUUAUUUGAGAAAGUCAGUCAUACUGUCCCUUCUACACCGAUUACUUCUAAAUAUUUUGGUGGUGAAUCUAGAAUUGCCGCACCAGGUAGCAGUCAUUUUGUCAUUGGGUUUGAAGGAGCUGCUGCAGGAACUCCCGAAUACGCUAUUCUUCAAGUUUUACGUGCUUAUUUAGAUGGAGAAACGCACACCAGAUGGGGUGAUGGUGUAACUCCAUUAGCCCAGCUGUCAAAUAAACUUAAAGAUGUUCAGAUUAGUUCGUUUAAUACAGGAUAUUCUGAUGCUGGCCUUUUUGGUGUACAUAUUUCUGGAACACCAACAUCUAUAUACGCAACUGCUAGAGCUGUUUCUGAACUUUUGAAGCAUAAAAUAUAUCAUAUUUCAAAAGAAGAUUUCCAAAGUGCAAUAGCUAAGGCCAAAUAUUACACUGCUGCUGCCUAUGAAACACGCGCUUCUAAAACUGAACUUAUUGGUGGCCAGAUUUUACACUCCGGCAAAGUUAUCCCUAUUUCAGAUGCAGUAGAUGAAUUUAAUCAUAUCACAAUUGAAGACGUUAAAAAUAUGGCAGAAAAACUUCUGAAAAGCACGCCCACGACUGUUGCAUUAGGUGAUAUCAACACCUUGCCUCAUGCAGAUGUUCUUUAAAAUUUUUUUUCAUGCUAGAACCACCAAAACUUGUAUUAAGAAAAUAUUGAUUUAUGUAUUUAAUAAAAAAGAAAAUGACUAUUUAAAUAUUUGG